UCCCAAGAGCCCCGCCGAUAUGGACUGGGCGGGCUUGUAUUCCGCCUACGCCAAACACCAGAAGCCAGAGACGGACAGCGGGUCACAUGACGUGACCUUGGAAGAACAACGGAAAACCAACAAAGUCACCAAGCAUGUCGAGAUAGCUGACAUUGGGUGUGGCUUUGGCGGCCUGCUCUUUGCACUCGCGCCCAAGUUUCCAGAUACCUUGAUGCUCGGCAUGGAGAUUCGCACAUCGGUGACAGAGUACGUGCAGGAAAAGGUACGCGCUCUGCGCAUCCAAAACGCCGCCACAAACGGCUACCAGAACGCGGCGUGCAUCCGCGCCAACACGAUGAAGUUCCUGCCGAACUUCUUCCAAAAGGCACAACUGUCCAAAAUCUUCCUCUGCUUCCCAGACCCCCAUUUCAAGCAGCGCAAGCACAAGGCCCGCAUUGUGUCGUACACGCUAAACUCGGAGUAUGCCUAUGUGAUGCGGCCGGGUGGCAUUGUGUAUACGAUUACUGAUGUGCAGGAUCUCCAUGAGUGGAUGAAGGAGCAUUUUGAAAAGCAUCCUAGUUUUGAGCGGGUGGAGAGGCGGUUUGAGGAGGGCGAGGGCGAGGAUGGCGCCGGCAUGGAUGAAUGCGUCAAGGCGAUGAGGGUAGAGACGGAGGAGGGCAAGAAGGUCGAGAGGAACAAGGGCUUGAAGUUUGUGGCGUGUUUUAGGAGGGUCGAGGAUCCGCCAUGGCCUUGAUGGGUUGUGGGGAGAGAAACAGAGUGUGCAAAGUGUGAGCAAACGAUGCGUGAGUGCUCGUCUCGAGAUUCUUGCGAUGGAUGGAUAUCUUGUCCGCUCCUUGAUCAAUCAC